UUGAAAACAGUACACAAAAACUUUACAAUAACUUAAAUGCAAGUAGUAUGUUGCAUUUAGGUUUUCCUGCUUGGUAAUUAUGUGUAAAACAUAUUUAGAUAACAACAUUGUUGAAAUGGAUAAUAUUAACAUAUGUUAAUUCAAGCUUGGUUAGUCUGAAAUAUUACUGUGCUGACAGUAAGCAAAGCCACGCAGAGCUGGAGCUUUUCAGCACCUCGGACAGAAACAUUCAAAUUGGCCUAAUCUCGCGUAUCUUCAGCCAGAGGCGGAAUAUGCGCCAAAAGCUGGUUUGCUAACCGUCAUAAAAAAGGUCAAAGAAGAAGUCUUCAGCCAGAUGUGACUUCCGCAUCCAAGAGGAACCUAAAGACUGCGAUGCCAGGACAGUGAGAAGGUGGAUCUCGGUUGUUCGGUAGCAUGGCUCCGUCCCGGAGGGACUGCAGAUGUGACAUGAUCUUUCUGUCGGGAUGCCUACUCCUGUCCGUCUGGGGAUUUCAACCUGCAUUGGCGAAGGUUUGCAACGAUUACACAAGGCACGGCCUGGACAACAACUGGUACAUGAGGGAUGGUGAGAAGUUGCCCAUCAUGGUCCUGAUGCCGAUGAAUGAAUCAGCGCUGAUGAGCAGCAUCAGUCAAGGCAUCGAGCCGGCCGUUCAGCUCGCCAUCCAGCACAUCCGCGAGUCCAGGCAGUACUCCUUCUCACUCAUCACCAAAAUCUACGACACUGAGUGUGACAAUGCAAAGGGAUUGCGGGCCUUCUUUGACGCAAUCUGCUACGGUCCGAAACAUUUGAUGAUCUUUGGAGGCGUGUGUCCAUCGGUGACUUCAAUCAUCGCUGAAUCGUUGGAGGGGUGGAAUCUCGUGCAGCUUUCUUUUGCGGCAACAACUCCUGUCCUGGCAGACAGGAAAAAGUAUCCAAAUUUCUUCAGGACGGUCCCGUCGGACAAUGCUGUGAACCCCGCUGUGGUGAAGUUUCUCAACUAUUACAACUGGAGCAGAGUGGGAACCCUGACCCAGGAUGUCCAGCGCUUUUCUGAGGUGCGGAAUGAUUUGACCAAUGAGCUGGAGAAGGCAGACAUCCAGAUUGCAGACACUGAGAGUUUCUCUAAUGAUCCCUGUGUGAAUGUGAAGAAACUGAAGGAUAAUGAUGUUCGGAUCAUCAUCGGUCAGUUUGAUGAGAAUCUGGCUGCUAAGGUCUUCUGCUGUGCUUAUAAUCUGAACAUGUAUGGCAGUAAGUACCAGUGGAUCAUCCCAGGUUGGUAUCAGGGGAACUGGUGGGAGCAGGCAAACUCCACAAACUGCACCACUAAGAAGCUGCUUACAGCCAUGGAGGGCUACAUCAGCGUGGACUUCGAGCCCCUCAGUGCCAAACAGAUUAAAGGAAUAUCAGGAAGAACGCCGCAGGAGUACGAGAGGGAGUACAACCGGGAGCGAGAGCAGAAAGGAGUGGAGGCCAGCAAGUUCCACGGUUUUGCCUACGAUGGCAUCUGGGUGAUUGCGAAGACCCUCACACGUGUCAUGGAGCUCCUCAGACACAAGGAGAGGCACGACAUGUACCAUAACUUCACGGUGGAUGACCGAGAGGUGGGCAAGAUGGUCCUGGACGUGAUGAACGAAACCAACUUCUUUGGAGUGACGGGUCAGGUGAUGUUCAGGAAUGGGGAACGCAUGGGAACCAUAAAAUUCACCCAGUUUCAAGAGGGUCAAGAGGUGAAGGUGGGCGAGUACAAUGCCAUUGCAGAUAUACUGGACCUUAUAAACAACACCAUCAGGUUCCAAGGUGUUGAACCACCGAAGGAUCGGACGUUUGUUCGUCUGCAGCGCCGGCAAAUAAAUGUCCCCCUCUACAGCAUCCUGUCUACCAUCACUAUCCUGGGCAUGCUCAUGGCAGGAACCUUCCUCUUCUUUAACAUCAAAAACCGCAACCACAGGCUGAUCAAAAUGUCGAGUCCCUAUAUGAACAACCUGAUUAUUCUGGGUGGCCUGCUGUCGUAUGCCUCCAUUUUCCUCUUUGGUCUGGAUGGAUCUUUUGUGUCAGACAAGGAGUUUGAGACCCUCUGUACUGUCCGUACAUGGAUCCUCAUUGUGGGUUACACAACAGCGUUUGGUGCCAUGUUUGCAAAGACCUGGAGAGUGCACGCUAUCUUCAAGAAUGUAAAGAUGAAGAAGAAGAUUAUCAAGGACCAGAAGCUCUUUAUCAUCGUGGGUGGGAUGUUGCUGAUUGAUUUGUGCAUCCUCAUAUGCUGGCAGAUCGUGGAUCCCCUGAAGAGAACUGUGGAAGAGUACAGCUUGGAGGCGGAUCCUCAGGGACGAGACAUCGCAAUCCGGCCCUUCCUGGAGCACUGCGAGAACACGCACAUGACCAUUUGGCUGGGGAUUGUCUAUGCCUACAAAGGCCUCCUUAUGUUGUUUGGAUGUUUUUUGGCCUGGGAGACCAGAAAUGUGAGCAUUCCAGCCCUGAACGACAGCAAGUACAUCGGUAUGAGUGUGUAUAAUGUGGGCAUCAUGUGUAUCAUUGGGGCAGCAGUGUCCUUCCUGACCCGAGAUCAGCCUAAUGUGCAGUUCUGCAUCGUGGCACUGGUCAUCAUCUUCUGCAGCACCAUCACGCUGUGUCUGGUUUUUGUGCCAAAGUUUAUCACAAUGCGAACAAAUCCGGACGCUGCCACACAGAACCGGAGGUUAAAGUUCACCCAGAACCAGAAGAAGGAAGAUUCCAAGACUUCCACCUCGGUAACCAGUGUUAACCAGGCCAACACUUCCCGUCUGGAUGGGCUACAGACAGACAACCACCGCCUGCGAAUGAGAAUUACAGAGCUGGAUAAGGAACUGGAAGAGGUUACCAUGCAACUCCAGGACACUCCAGAAAAGACUCCAUACAUUAAACAAAACCACUACCAAGAUGUCAACAAUAUCCUGAGCAUACGCAACUUCACUGACGGCAAAGAUGGAGAGAAAUCUCUGAAGAACCACUUAGAGCAGAAACCCCAGGCUCAGUGGGGAUCCAUGGAUCCUUCUAGGAUAAGCAGAGGUCCACUAGAAGACAUCAACUCACCAGAACACAUACAGCGCAGGCUGUCCCUGCAGCUGCCGAUCCUGCAUCACGCCUAUCUACCCUCCAUAGGAGGGGUGGACGCGAGCUGCAGCAGUCCCACGAGCAGCCCGGCCUCCAGCCCGCACCACAGACACAUGCCCCCCUCCUACAGGGUUAUGGUGUCCGGCCUGUGAGCCUUACCACUGCCCUGCACUGCACUCCGAGGAAGCGAUCAGCUUUUUUUUAAAGACAGACUGAGCAAUAUCAGCAGUUAACAGAAGCGUGUGAGCAACCUGGGGUGGGGGGGUCCAACUCUUUAUCCAUCCGUGACCCCCCUCCCACCAUCCACGGCCACAUCGGUGCAGAACUGAUCUUUCAGGCUAGGAGGGAGGUGACCGGAGGUUCUCACAGAGCAACCCAACCCAGACUCCCAUAAUCUAUGUCCCGUCACCUCCCGUUCCUAACUCGAUGGAUUUAACGCCCCCACACCCUCCACCCCAAAGAGCAGCGUGGAUCAAUGGAGGACAGGAGCUGUAGCCUUAGCUGCUAAAAAAAAGAGACGCUUCCGCCGGCAGCCUUUCCACGAAAUCCGUGCACAUUGGUUCUGCUGAAACUUGCGGGAAAGGGGCAGCAGAUGUGACCAAGGACUCCUCCUCUUUAUUCAACAUGUCAACAGCCAUGUAAAUACCAUAUUUGAACAUCAAAGUGAGCUUUGAAUAUGCUGUGAAAUUAAUUAUUCGGAUGAAGCCUGGUGCUCCGUGGAACUUUACAAACAGUCGACGAACCAGGAACAAACACUUACGACGUUGCAAACCGGUAUGAAUUUGUUGUAUUGCUUCAAUGUCCCGAUGGUGUGGUUAAUGGUAAAUAAGACUAUUAGUGUCUCGAUUUUUUGCUAAAGAUAAAAAGGGAGUGUUUCAGGGUAACGCGGGCCAACUGUUCUCACCUGGAUAGACGUGUACCACACAUUGUUUUUCUUCAAAAACAGCUAGCAUCAUGUAGGCAUGUCCUGGUAACAGAGUAUCGAAAGAUCCGCUUUGGUUUAUCGCAAGUAAUGUCACGUUAGAGGUCGCGCAACUGCGACCUCAAAAGAGCCACUGGUCCAGCCGAAAGGGACACGAGAGACAGAGCCGGCGAUUUCAGAGAGUCAGUCUUCCAUUCCAGCCGAGCCAAUUGCUCCUGCAUACCAGGACUGAAACACGCAGAUGCAGCCCCAUGCUUCGGAUGUACAAUAGCCGUCAUGUGACCGGCUGUUACAGAACAAGAAGACUCACAAAUUGCGAUAAUAACAGGGAAGUGGUACUCCAUGCGGAGCAAAACCAAAAUAUCCUCACAGAAAACUGCGAGGUUACACAAAAGAAGCGGUCCACACAGCAAGACAGAAGAACGAUAUUGUAUUAAACAGCGGGACUGAAAAAUUAGCACAAGUGUAAUUAACCUAAUAAGAGCGAGUCAUGUAAGAACAAAGCCUCGUUUUGACUUUCUGGUGCAGUCUCUCAGUUUACCCUCCCUCUGUUUAUUUCUUGUUUUUUUUUUUCCUUUUCUUCUGGUUGAUGAAAAAAAAACCAACUUGUGUGAAUCCUCUAAGGUUGUAGCUUGGGCUAAAAGGGCUCGGGUUGAUUGCGUGUGUGUGCCCGUGUUGUUCCAGGGGAGAAAUGGCAGAGUUCUGCCCCAGUCGCAGAGUGACAUUGUGAAAUACUUCACAUAGCUCUUAGCAACAGUGAAAUUACCUCAUAGUUGCUAUAGAAAUGUUACUGUGUGUAUUGAACUUUGCACAAUGUCUUGCAGAGAUAGGGAGCAUCAGCUAGAGCUGGUGUCAUACUACUUUUGUAAAUCUGGAAAUGUAAUCAAAAUAUGAAUUAUUGGAAAUAAGCUACGUAUCAUUCAUAUCAAAAGCAAGAGUUUGUUUCGGCUGAUAUCUCACCGUCGGUGUCUUGGUUUUAGUUUCUGUCAGAUUUGUUACUGUACUUGUGUGCCUGUCGUCUCACGGGAGCUUAAUGGACCGAAUCGUGUCGACCGGAUGACGAAAACAGCGACAUCACAUAUUAUCCAAGUCGAUGCAUUGAGAAUUUCUUUAUCUUGUGACUUCCUUCUGUAUGGCUGUUAUAUGAUAAUAACGCAAAAUUUAUGGGUAUUUAUUGUCUCGAUUUCCCGGGGGAAGAAAGAGGAGAUUGAAACAACGCAGGUUCGUUUGCUAACAGCGGUUGUCGUAGUACCUCACGCUCACUUAAGAGUCACGAUGACAAAGACCUUUAAAUACAACAAACACAGAUACGCAAAAAUCCCACAACGCCACGGGAGCUUGUCUUAGUAUGACGGCCAUGACCGAGACUGAUGUUUCUAAUACACAACGAGUUUUUCAGUACACGGAGGGGAUUGUCUACAUUUUGACUUGACUUUUGCAGCACAUGACUAUGACUGAGUUUUCAUUAGCUCUUAUUUCUUUCAUUGUUGUGUAUUCUUCGAUGUCUUUAUGAUAUGUUGUUUGGCACGUUCAGCAGUCAGUAUCCCACAAUAUGAAACAUCUUUGGCACACGUGAACAUCACAUUUAAUGUCCUAUAUUAGAGAAUAAUCUAAAACAUCAACACAGAGAGAAUGGUGUACCCUGGACAU